UUUUCAGGUGAACCACGAGUCAAAGAAGUUGCAGUGCCCAAUUUGCGACAGAAAGUUUACAACAAAAGUCCACCUUGAUUCGCAUCUCGUAACUCAUGGCGAAAUGGAGCCACUCUGGUCCUGUGACAAGUGCGGCCGUAACUACAUCCGGCACCGAAGCCUCCUGCGGCACAUGGCGAGUCACGACCAGAAGUACGUGUGCCAGACGUGCGACGAGUCCUUCCUGUCGGCUCAGCGGCUGGCUGUGCACAUGCGGAGCCACGACCCCAAUCAUAAGACUCGACAUUCGUGCCCAAGGUGCCCUCAGAAGUAUGCCUACGAAAGCCAGCUGCAAGUGCACAUGAGGAUCCACACGGGAGAGAAACCGUAUGUGUGCGAAAUAUGCGGCAAGUGUUUUAAGCGCUUACAGCAAUGCAAGGCUCACCACCGCAUGAUCCACAGCAACACCAAGGAGACGUGCGUGGAGUGCGGCAAGAUGUUCGGAGACAGGGCCAACCUCCUCCGUCAUCGCCUGAUGGUCCACUAUCACCUGAAGCGCUGGGUAUGUGGUGCAUGUGGGCAGAGCUACGCCUAUUCCCAGGACCUUCGCACUCACCUCCAGAAAACUCACAGCCUUCCUUUUGAGCGCCUUGAUAGCUCCAACAGGAAGUCGUUGCAUGAGGUAUAUGUUAUCCCAGAGCUAGGAAGCCACAAGCUGAGUCCUACAGUUCAGGCCACAGUGGAGGCAGUGCGCAUACAAGAACACCAGAAAGUGCGUCAGGUGCUGAGCGGCACGUGUCCGAAUUCACUGAGAAAGUCACACAAGACAACUGUUGAAAAUGUGGAAAACCCAGACGAUCCCGAUAACCCAAAGGCUAUGCUGGAGACUCCUGUGACUAUCAGACCCGUCGUCGUAUCUUCGGCAAAUUUGGGAAUGCCCGUUUUGGAUAACAGCGGGCAAGUUCAGUCCAUGGAGAGGACAGUUCAGAAUGUAACUACAGUUGUUGAUGAUACCCAAGGGAUGUUGCAGGUCAGGGUUCUCAAUGUGAAGUGUGUUGAAUGCGGUGGAGAGGGAGCCACUCCCCUGCAGUGUGGAGUAUGUGGUGCAACCGCCUGUUCCCAGCUGCACAUGGAUCUCCACGUCGCAUCCGCCCAUCGUGUUGUGUUCCAAUGUUCUGUCUGUGGUUUACACUACAGCAGUCAGGGAGAUUGUGUCGCUCAUGUCACAACUGCCCAUUCCUCGCAUCUUUUGGCAGUUCAAGGGGGGACGGCACCCUACCUCCCUCCACAGCCUGUGCAGCCUCUCCAGGUGGCCAGUGCUGCCCCUCCACCACAGCUGUGCAUGCCUGUGGCUCCUACUCAGUCAGGUCCCCCUUGUCUCGUGCAAGUCGGGGGAGGAGCGGCACAAAUGCCCAUCGUCAUUGCACAAGCUCCCACUGGCAUGGCUCCUCCGCAAGUGGGUCCUACAAAUGUUAUUCUCCAGUAUCCCAAUGCAAACAGCAACGUUCCUCCAAAUGUCCCUGUGGUGCUUCAGAUGUCCGCUCCUGUGGGACCCACAGGCAGCCAGGGCAAGCAGCCAAUACAGACACUCUCCAGCAUGCCCAGCCAUCCACAGAGUGUACCUAAACAGAGGCAGAGGAAAUUAGAACCAGAUUUGAAGGAAGAGAAACCCUUGUGUACCAUCAGCUUGCCAACCAGCAAUACUAGCGGACUGCUUCUACCGACAGAAAGCAGCUCUAUUGUCAACCUUUCUAGUGGACAGCCCACCCCUUCUCACCCCACCGUCCUUCCUCAGCCAAACGGCAGUGGGGAGAAUUCAACUUUCCUGAUGGAUAAUUCUAAUAUUGCGCCACAAGAGGACAAUAAUGCUCCAGUAUUAGUGGUUGGUUCGGUUCCCUUCUCAGGUGUUUCAUCUGGAUCUUGUACUGAUAUCUCACAGCCUAAGCACGGCAGCUUCAGCAACCCUUCCAGCACCUCAGUGGCCAGCGUGCUCCUGACCCUGGCUGAAGCUCCCCAACACGAUCCCAAUUCCUCAGGCUUGAUGAUGGAAGGGAGUGCCUCGGCAGACAGCCAGACACACUCUCCCUCAAUAACUGUGGAGGAGGAUCAUGUGAUGCAUCCAGAUGCAGGAGAUUCCAAUGCAAGCCAUGGCACUCCACUUGUGCAGUCUUUCAUGAGGCCUUCUGUACCCCCCCUAGAAGGAGUGACACAGGAGGAGGGGCCACCAGCUCAUGCCGCUGAGCCCUCCAGCGGAAGCAAGCCAGACCCUCCCCAGGAAGUCACUGUCGAGAUCAUCCAGUCGUCACCCAGGAAAAUCAGGUCGCAGAAAUCCCUCGUCAGGAAAAGAAAUGUGCACUCAAAAAAAGACUCUUCAGAAGCAUCAAAUGCAUUCGGCCUGGAUGAAACCUACACUUGCGAAACCUGCCACAAGAGCUUCACUUCAGCUGCACGUUUCGAGCGGCACCGGGCAAAGCACAGCCAGAGCUUCCAGUGCCAGGUGUGCAGCAAGGCCUUCACGGAGAAAUACAACCUGAAGACCCACAUGCUGACUCACACUCAGGAUCGGCCGCACUUGUGUAACCUGUGCCCUAAAUCCUUCAGAUAUAUGCGUGACCUGACUGAGCACAAGCACACCCACGAGGGCAUAAGGCCACACGUGUGCAAGACCUGCGGCAAGGGGUUUGUCAGGCAGAGAGAGCUGGCAAGGCAUGUAAGGGAACAACAUGGAACUCAGCGCCACCUGUGCAAGGUGUGUGGAGCAGCUUUCAAGCGCCGGAUGUACCUGGAAACUGUGCACAUGCGCAGUCAUCACCCACAAGCAGCGCAGAUCACAGAGGAGGAGAAGCGUGAGAGCCACACAUCAGGAACCACGGAGAAGAAGCAGAGCCACAUAUGCCGGAUAUGUGGGAGGAGUUUCGCACAGGCUCGCUACCUCACAUCUCACCUGCGCACCCACUCCAAGAGGGCAGAGUACGUCAGGUGUCCCAGAUGCCCAAGGAUGUUCACGUCGGAACUCACACUGAAGGUACACAAGGAAGCCUUCCACGACAGAGAAACCACGACCUCGCAUGACCCAGCCACCACAGACGCCCCGGAAAGCAAAUUUGAAAAACCCACGGCAGUGAGCACCUUGUUACACCAGCCUGCACACAGCCAUGAGAGAGAGGCCGAGCUCCCCCAGCUGGACUCCCAACAUGUUGCCAACGCGAAUCAAGUCUUCCAUGCGGCCCCCCUCCCACACCAUCCACACAUCCUGCACACUAGCCCAUUGGAGGCCAGCGGCGAACAGGCAGCUUACUGUAAUGCGGCGAUGCGGGCGAGGGAUGGUCUGGAGAACGAGGAGACGAGGCCAGAUAGUAUGGUUCAGUUCAGCGUGCAUAUUGACGACUGCGAUCCCAUCAGUUAUCUUGCUCCUUCGUUCUCCGGGGAGUAAACUUCUGUGCUGGAUUUUUGCAUUCUCGUUAUUGUUAUCUCCUUGUUUGUUUCGUUUUGUUCCUUUUUAUUUUUAUUUUUUUUAUUUUUUUUUAUACAAAAUGUUAGUAAUGCAACAAAUUGUUGAUUGAUGAUAAUGAAUAUGUAUGGAAAAUAAAUUAUUGUUUCUCA